AUGAAUGGUAGUCACAGUACCCAGUCUGAUGUGGAGCACUAUCUCAUCGUUCGUUUAUUUUUGUCUUGGCUAUCAGUUGUAAUCUUUCGGUUAUUUUUCCUUCUUCACUUAUCCGCACGCCGUGCGAUUAUUGGAUGUACCCAUGCGAUCCUGAGACGGAGCAAACAUGAUGCUGGGCAUCUUGAUUUCAGAUGUUUCGUCACCAGCCUAGUUGACUUCCUUUCUAUAGGCGGGUUGUCGAUUUCGUUGCGGAUACCGGUACUUUCAAGGAUACAAGUCGCUACGAAUCCAUUCUUUGUGUUGGCAUCCGGUAUCAAAACCGUCGUUUUAUUCCGAUUGAUUGUUCAUUGGGUUGCGCAUUCAUAUUU